GUUGGAUGAGGAGUUGGAUGAGGAGGUGGAUGAGGAUGAUGUGGAGAUGGAUGAUAUGACGAGGCUAACGGGUUUGGCUUUAGAGAUGGGCUAUGCCCGUAUUAUUGACUACGACAACUUUCGCAUAAUCGAGCAUGUUAUCGAGAGCGAUGAUGAGGAUGAUCCUAAUAAUGAUAAUGAUGAUGAUGAUGAAGAGGAUGAAGUAGAUAAUGUUGAGGUGCAACAAAAUGUUACAGCUACAUCAACCGUGCAUUUGGAUUUGGUUGCUUUCAUCGACGAAAGCUAUCAACUAAUCGAUAAGGUAGAUGCCAACAAUGUUAUCGAUAAUAACAACAAUAAUCGCAGCGCUGUCUGUAAUAUAUCGACAAGUCAGGAACGUAUGAAAUCAGUACCUAAAGUUCAAAUUGCAAUCAACAACACCAAGUCAGAGGAGUUGCAACAACAACAACUACAAAUUCCCACUUGCAGCACGGGGGAAGCAUUGAAGAAUAGUGCUUUGAUCAAGGCGUACAAGUCGAAUCUAACACCGCUGGCACCGCCAUUUCAACCUGCUGCAUUGAAGUCGCAGCUGCAACAGUCGGUGGCAAGCAGCAGUUGCAACAUGACGCUCAACAGGAGUACAUUGUAUGCAGGCUAUGAGCACACUACAGUUUAUUAUCAGCAACAGCAGCAGCAACAGCAGCAACAGUUGUCACCGAAGCGUCAGCACUGUGCACAGCAUGGCGGCAUGCCACACAUUCAUCUGCAGUCAAAUAAUGGAGCCCAAUUGCUGCCCAUACAAUUGAUAACACUGACACCAACGACAGCGACAGCAGCAGCAGCCGCAGCGGCUGCAAUUGGAGCGCCAGUGGCAGCAACUGCUGCUGCUCCUGUGGCAGCAACGAGUGGCGCCACUGCCACCGCCUGGCCACUUGUGGAGGCGCCAAUUUAUAUGGAUAUCAAUGGCGAUUAUCGCAGCUUUUGUCCGGCUCAUGGACCGCCAGGAAUUGCUGCUGCUGCAGCAGCUGCUGCUGGCGCCAAUGGGCAACCAUUGCUGACGCACCAACAUCAUCAUCAUCAUCAUCUUCAGCAGCAGCAGCAGCAACAUCACCAGCAGCAACAACAUCUACACCAGCAACCACACCAUCAUCAUCAUCAUCAUCUGCAACAACAGCAGCAGGAACAGCAACAGCAACAGAAUCUCUCCAACAAGCAACAUUUGACAACAACGUUGACAAAUGUUAAUGGAAAUAUCGGCCAGGCGGCAGCAACUGCGCCGCAAUUGCUCUUGCAACUGGACACGACUCUCCAACAGCAACACCAACACCAACAACAGCAGCAGCAGCGUCACCACCAACAACAACAACAACAGCAACAACAACAACAACAACCAAUUGCUGUUGCUGGCAAACGCAGCAAACUUUAUCGAGGUCCAACACCCGUUCAAAUGGUUUCCCACAAUCGCCCGCCACCGACAAUGACGGUGCCGGUUCAGGUACCGCCGUACGUCAACGAGAACGGAACAUUAACCCACGUGGUGCUGCCACCGCAACAAUACCAGCAAUUGCAUCCCGGACAGGCUCAUCUGCAUCCAGCACCAUUUAUAAGCGCCAAUGGCACAUCGCAUUUUUAUACUCCCAUGCCUGGAUAUCCGCCCGGACCAGGGCCGGCGGGUAAUGGACCACCCCACUAUCAUAUGCCACCGCCGCCGCCGCCGCCAGGAGCGCAACAGCAGCAGCAACAACAACAACAACAGCCCACAUCUUUAGGAAGCGGCGGAGGAGCUGCGCCAACGCCACAGCCGCAUUUACAUUCCCCGCACUCGCCAUCGCCGCCCAACUAUAGAGACGAGCGGAGUCAAAGACAGCACACGAAAUUGCUGCGAAAACUGGAAAAGCAGCGAGAGCUGAAUUCUGCCUUGUCCACGCCCACACACUCGCCUUCGCCGCGACGCAGUGACAUCAAUGGACAUCACAACAACAACAUUCCAAUGGCACAACAUAUGCACAACAAUGGACGCCGUCUACCACAACAACAACAGCAACAGCUGCAACAACAACAACAGCAACAACGCAAUGGCCACGUUCCCAACUCAAUGGGGCAGCAGAUGAUGAUGACAGGUGCCCCCUCCAGCUCCUUGCAGCGCACAGGCAGCAGCGUCGGAGGCGCCAGUUCUGUGGGCACCUCCGAGGAUGGCGAGGAUAACUCCAGCUUGGCAGCCGAGGAGGAAGAUGAGGAGGAUUAUCAAGCGACCAUUGUGGAACAAAUAUCGGCAAUUGAGAAGCCCGAAGUAAUCGAUGUCAGCUCGCGUGCAGCCAAGAUCAUCUGGGUAUCGCCAGCCAUAACGGAUGCAAUGCUGGUGGAUCUGCAGGAGUUGCGUUACCAGGUGCUGCUCAGCGACACUGGCAAACAGUGCAAAUACAAGAGUCUGUAUCGUGGCGAGGCCUAUGAAUGCAUUGUCCAGGAUCUGCAGCCAGGACAGGAGUAUCUGGUGCGUCUGCAGGUGCACUACAAGCAGCUCCAGGGUGGCGUCAGUGAGCCCACCGAGUUCAAGACACCGCCAUGUGAACCCGAUCAACCAUUGCCACCGAAACUCGUUUCACGCACCAAGAGUUCCAUUAAUCUGCGCUGGGCAGCACCAGCCUUCAAUGGCGCCUCCAUUCAACACUAUCUGCUGGAGUACGAUGAGGGGCGUGGCAAUGCGCUGCAGUUUGUGGAGCUGGCCAAGACGAAGGCCAAGCAUUAUGUGAUCAGCAAGCUGCAGCCAACAACUGUUUAUAGUUUCCGCCUGGCGGCGGUCAAUGAGAUCGGCCAAUCGAUAUACUCUCAGGUGAUUAGCUACAGCACCGCUGGCAAUCCACCCACAUGCCCCAAGGCACCACAAUUGCAAUCGUGCACGUCCAGCUCGUUGCGUCUCAUUUGGGAUCGCCGCAGUCAGGAUGGGGAGUUUCUGUUGCAGAUGCAGGAUGCAGAUACGGGACAUGGCUAUAUGAAUAGCUACAAGGGCAGCGACACACAUUACGAGUGCCUCCAGCUGCGUCGUGCCACCAGCUAUCAGUUCCGCCUGCGGGCGGAGAAUGAGGCGGGCGUUUCACCCUGGUCAACGGAGGUCAGCUACAGCACGGCAUCCGAGCGUCCGGGGCGACCGGGUAAACCACAUGCCAAGGGUAAAAUCCAUGGCACACACUUCAAGGCGCGUUGGGAAGCACCCGCGGAUACGGGUGGUGCUGAUAUCUUGCGUUAUCAUUUGGAACUUGGCGCCGGCUCGAUCUUUGAGCGGAUUUACUCGGGCAACGAAACGGAGGCGAUGUGUGAACGUCUGCAGCCAGGUACCACCUACCAGUUGCGUGCCUGCUGUGAGGGACCUGCUGGCCAGAGUCCCUUCUCCGACAUUGGCAAUGUGACGACGGAGGCAGUGCCACCGGGUGCCCCACCACCGCCCCACUGCGAUGCGCCGGCCACGCCCUAUGCCGCCCUGUUGCGUCUCAGCCAGCCGGAGUAUAAUGGCGGUGCCCAGGUGCUGGAGUUUGAGGCGCAGCUGCGUCAACUGGAUAUGCCGGCGAAGAGCGUGUAUCGCGGUAAGCAGGAUUACUUUGUGGCACAGCAACUGCUGCCCGGUGGCAUCUACGAGGUGCAGGCACGUGCCAUCAAUCGCAUCGGUGCCGGCAACUGGUCACAGUGGUUGCGUUUCACAGCGGCCGCCGCACCACCCGGCUGUCCCCAAUCCCUGCAAGUGGUGGUCAAAUCGGCGACGCACCUGAGUGUCUGUUGGCAGCCGCCAAUGGAGUUGAAUGGUUCCGCUGUCAGCGGUUACUGUUUGCAGAGCGUCAGUCAGCCAUGUGAGGAGUUGGAAGUGGAGCCAGCCAGCACACAGUUCCAUGGUUGCUACCAGGGAGCACAGACCAAUGCGGAGCUGCGCAAUCUGAUGCCCUACACACGUUACUUUCUGCGUGUGCUGGCCAGCAAUGCAGCCGGAGCGGGUUCCCCCACGGAUGUGGUGUGUGUGGCGACGCCGGCAGCGGUGCCGGGUGCACCACAGAUGCAGGGAUACGAGUUCACCGCCCGGGAGGUGACACUCAACUGGACACAGCCGGCAACGCAUGGUGCUGAGAUUUCCAACUAUAACAUUGAGUAUGGCGAAAGAACGAUUGCUACUCCGGAUGCCUGCACACGGUAUACAAUUGUCGAGCUGACGCCGGAGACGAGCUACAAGUUCCGUGUGCAGGCGGUGAAUGCAAUGGGAGCGGGAACAUUUAGUGCCUAUGCGAAGCUAACAACGCAACCGGCGCCACCAGCACCACCCAAACUGGAGUGCAGCGGUGCCGGUCACAACUACAUCAAGCUCAAGUGGAGCAGUGACAGUGGCCGGACAAAUGCCAGCAGUGGAACUGGAUCAACUGGAGCAGGAGUUCCGAAUUCCGCUGCCGACUUUACCAAGUACUUUGUGGAGAUGUAUGUGGCGAGGGCCAAGCAAUUCCAGAGCGUCUACGCGGGCACGAAUAGCAUGUGCAAGGUGCACAAGUUGCAGGAGCGAAGCAGCUACACAUUCCGCAUCUAUGCGCACACGGAUCGUGCCGGUGAUGGUGACUAUUCCGAGGAGUAUGUGUUCGAGACGAGCGCCACAUUGCCGGCGAACAUCAAGGCACCGCGGGUCAUCCACGAGAGCAGCGUCUGUCUGUUGGAUCAGGCCGGACAGCUGGCCAUGCAAUUGACCCUGGAGUGGCAGCACUCGAAGAACAAUUUCCAUGAUCGUGUCGAGUAUCAGCUGCAAUAUGCCAUCGUGUCCGUCGACAUGGAAUCCACCGAGUCCCCCAAGGCACGUGGCAAUAGCGAGAGUACGCCAAUUGCCCUGAGCAAUCAGGAGUAUCGUCAAUUGUAUCGCGGCACCGAGACCAAGUUCACCAUUGAUAAUCUGUCAGCGGGCAGCUGUUAUCAAUUCCGUGUGUGUGCGGUGCGUGUCACAGCCAGUGGUGAAUUGUUUCCGGGUCAGCCGUCGACGGCACUGCGCUACAAGGUGCCCAGUGAGCUAAGUCCGAGCACCACAACAGCCUGUCACCAUUUGCAUGGAGCCACAGCAGUGAUGCCGGCGAACACAACCAUACAACGUAGCAGUCGCAAAUUGUCGACGGGCAACAAUAGCAACAGUGGUGUCCAUUUGAGAUCCGUUAGUGCGUCGGCCAUAACGGGCAGCAGUGGAGUUGGCGCUGAUCCUCAAGCGAUUGGUCGCUUGCAGCAUGAGUUGUCCAGCUUGAAUGCAUGUGGCGAUCCAUUGCAUCAUCAUCAUCAUCACCAUCAUCAUCAUCACCAACAGCAGCAGCAGCAGCAGCAACAGCAAAUGUAUCCCGUUGACAUGCAGGACUCCUCAGCAACCUCCAGCUCUACAUUAUUGCAGCGGGGCAACAGCAGCAAUGUGGCAACCGUUGCUGGUCAUCACAUGCAUCAUCAGCAUCAUAUGCAUCACUCCCAUCAUAUGCAUCAUGCGCAUUAUACACACUCCACGGCAGGAACCAACACAUUGAGCACUCCUGCAAAUGGCAUGCAACAUGGAGUGGGAGCAGCAGGAGGAGGAGGUGUUGUGAGACGUGUCGUCUCCAGGAUGACAACGUUGUAUUGCAAUCGCAAGCGUUUAACGGAUCAACAGAAGGCCGUUUUUGUGGUAUCCUUUGUGUUUGUCACCUUCCUGGUUGCCAUGCUGGUGCACAUGCUCUGGGGUUAACAAUGGAUACAAAAAAAAAAAUGAUACAAAUAUAAGAUGCAAAUGAAGUUAAAGCUUAAAUUGCAGUUGGAGUUGCUAUAAAUUUAAAGCACACUUGAUGUUUUAUGUCUCAAAUAAGUGAUUGUCGAUUGCCUAGUAAUUACACAUGUAUUUGUAUUUUUAUAUAUACUUUAUCUAUGUAUAUGUAAAAGCAACAACAACCUGUAAAUUGUCUAAACAGACACACACACACACAAACACUCACACCAAUACAUCUAUAACUGCAACAAGAACUGUAUUAAAUGUACACACAAAGUAAUGGAGUACUAUAAAGAAUAUGAUAAACUUUUUUGCCGAUAAACAAUUGAACAAUUUAAAUGAAAAUUAUAUUCAUAUAUACAUACAUACAUAUAUACACUGAAUAGCUAUGCAUAAAUGUUUGUAUUUACUUAAAAAUGAUAAUAUAUAUAAACUAAUUGUUACUAAACUGAAUCACAAACAUAUGCUUUCUAUGUAUAAAUAAUUAACACACACACACACACACACAAAUCUCUCCAUUAUGUGCUAUAGCAUUUUGUGCAACAACAAAUUCUCAAUGUAACAUAUUACCAACAACAACUGUAAGCUUAACCAACAAUUAAAAAAAAAAGCGCUUUUCAAACUGUUUAACUUCACUCUUGUUGCCUGUAUAUAUGUAUGUAUGUGCUACACUACACAUAUACAGAUGCAUAUGAAUCUGUGUAUGCAUGUUACUAAAGCUAAUGAAUAAAAAAUUGUUAAAUGCGAAUCAUAUUACGAAAAAUGUAUGAAUUUAUUAGAUUCUAUUCCUAGUAUACUACUGAUAACUAACAGUAUACUAUAAAUUUAUAUGUAUAUUGUAUCUGUAUCCAAAUGUAAAACCAUGAAAAAUACGAGUACACAACAUUAAUUGUACAAUUUGUCCUCUCAGAUUUGCCAAUCGCUAGAUAUCUUAUUAUUCAUUCUCCCUCUCCAAAUAAAAAAAUGAAAAUCCCAACUGUUUUCCAUUUCCAGGCAAUGUUAAACAGCGCAAAAUGCUUCCUUCAUUCUUCACAAAACUUUUCAUACGAAAAUAUAUAAUAUAUACCCCCAAAAA